AUGGCGAACGUCGCACUGCACUACCGCGACGGCAACCGGGCCUUCCUCCAGGCCUUCAUGGCCCGAGGCGCCCUGACGUUCGAGGACGCCCGACCGAUUUUGGCGGCCAUCUUCUCGGCCGACGAGAACCAGCUGGUGACGGAGGACAAGGUCACACGUCAAGACUUUGACUCGUACGUGGCCGCCGCCACGGAAGCGAUAUCCUUCUUCGACUACGAGAUCCGCAGCUCGGUGCACCAGGCGACGAGCAAGCGAGUCUUUGCGCUCGUCAACACAACGUCGGACCCCACGACGCAGCUCGCGACGACGUACGCGCCGGACGAGUUGAGCUUCGUCAAGCGCGUGCUGGACGCCAUGUUCGACACGUACAACACGCCGCGCAUGGAGUGCAUGUGCCUCGACAGCAUGCAGGUCAUCAAGCUGGCACGACCGCCGAAAUCCCGCCAUGACAAUCCCAGCCAUCACGAGGAAGCAGAGGAGGAGAACGGAGACGGCGGGGGGGCCACGCAGGCGCAGACGCAGACGCAGGCGCCCACGGACAAGGGCCUCAAGCACAGCGAGGUCGAGGCCAUGGCGGCCAAGCUCGUCAGCGAGGGGUGGCUCGAGAAGUCGCGCGAGGGGUUCUACAGCCUGAGCCCGCGCGCGCUCAUGGAGCUCCGGACGUGGCUCGUCGAGUCGUUCAACGACGCCGAGGCGGCGGCCGGGGACUGGCAGCGCAUCAAGUUUUGCGAGGCGUGCAAGGACAUCAUCACGCAGGGGCAGCGGUGCGCGGCGCGGGAUUGCAACAUGCGGCUGCACGACAUGUGCGGAGACGCGUACUGGCGGGCGCGGCGGGAGAAGAAGUGCCCCGCGAUGCGCGACGGCCUGGACGGGGGAGCACUUUGUUGGCGAGAGGGCGAUCACAAGCAAGGAGGCCUACCAGAGGGGACGCAGGCGGAGCGGGCACCAGAGGGCGAGCGCCGUGGACGAAGUCAUGAGGGAGGAGGGCGAGGCCAGCAGUGA